AUGGAAAAUAAAGAAUAUGAUUCUAUUACUCCGAUAAAUAAAAUCAAACACCAUAAUGAGAAUUUUGCAUCUAAUUCAAAAAAAUUCAAAACAGAUCCUUCAACAAUCAAGAAUAAUGAUUAUACAAAGUUAUUAAAACUUGAAGAUUUACCAGUUGAAUUAUUUAUUUAUCAUCUAUUUCCUUAUUUUCCACAACAUGUAAUAAUUAAAAUAUUUUUCAAUUUAAAUUAUUCUUUUCAACAAAUUGUUAUUUCAUAUUUUACUAUAAAUACAAAUAUUGAUUUAACACAAAUAUCAGAAGAUUGGUUUUUUAAAUAUGUUUCAAAUUUAUCAUCAAAAAUAGAAAUUAUUAAUAUAGAUGAUAAACAAAUCGACAAAAUAUUUCAGUCAUUAAAUUCUUAUCCAAAACUUAACUCAUUAUUUAUAACAAAUAUUCAAUUUUUACCUUUAACUAAAUGUUUAAAAUAUUUAAAAUUUCUCAAACAACUAAAAUAUUUAAAUUUAAAUGAAAAUGAAAAUGAAUAUAAAUUAUUUUCCGAUCCUUAUCUUAUACGUAUAAUUAUUGCAUCAUUAUUUGAAGAAGAUUCAUUAUUACAAAGUUUUACUUUAAUACGAAAUUUUCCUUUAUAUUUAGGUUUUAAUAAUUUCGAAAUAAUUAAUUAUUGUUUACAAAAUUUAACUAUUUAUUUAAUUCAUCUAGAUGAUUUAAUUUAUUUAUUAAAUACUCUUCGAUCAUUAAAAUAUUUCUAUGGUAAAAUUGUCAAUGAAGAAAAUCAUACAAAUGAAAAUAAAUCAAAUUUUUUAUUAUCAAAAUUAAUUAAAUGUUAUUUUGAAUGUAAAUAUAUUAAACGUAAUGAUUUAAAUUAUUUUUUAAAUCAACUUAAACAAUCAACAUUAUUAGAAAUAUUUAAACUUAAAAUAAAUUCUAUGAAUGAAAAAUAUACAGAAAAUGAAAUUCUUGAAAAAUUACCAAAUUUAAAAAAAUUUUCUUUUUAUAUACGAUUUCAUCAAUUACAUUUAACAUCUCAAAUAAUACAAAAUGAAUUUAAUAAUAAUCGACUUAUAUGGUAUAAAGAUGAUGAUUAUUAUUAUUAUUCAUUUCUAUCAUUACCUUAUAGAUUUAAACAAUUAUCAAAUAUAUCAAAUAAUAUUGUUUAUCAAAAUUUAAAUAAUACAAAAGAUAUUCUAUUAUUUCCAACAGUUGAACAUAUUGAAAUAUCUUAUAGUAAAGAUCAAUUAAAUCCAAAACUAAUUCAAUUUAUAAAUGAUCAAUUUCCAAAUUUAUUUACAAUGGAAAUUGAAUUAGGUAAAUUGAAUAAAAAUUUGAUGAAUGAUAAAACAUUAAUAUUAAAUAAAAUACGAAAAUUAAUAUUAAAUUAUAAAGAUGAAAGAAAUUAUUAUCAUAUCAAACGUUUACUAUUAUUAACACCAUAUAUUGAAAUAUUAAUUGUUGAUUAUAAUAAUAUUAUUUCUUACAAACAUAAAUUAAGAUACGAUGAUGAAUUAUUAUCAAUUCGUAAACAAAUAAAACUUUUAAUAAUUACUAAUUGUUCUCAUGAAUUUAAUUCAGAUGAAGAAGACUAUAUUAAGAAUAAAAUCUUUACAAAUUUAACAAAACUUCUUGUUAGCUAA